AUGGCAACGGAAAAGGACUUGAAAUGCAGCGUGGUCAACACCGACACGUCUCACGAUGGAGAGGUCUAUUCAGUCGCCAUCACGACUAGCGGUCUCAAACGUGACCUCAGUUCCCGCCAUAUCAAUAUGAUCGCCAUUGCCGGAAUGAUCGGCACUGGUCUGUUUCUCGGCUCAGGGCAAGCGAUCGCGGCUGCAGGCCCUGCUGGGGCCCUUUUGGCGUACAUUCUAAUGGGACUCGUCACUGCCGGGGUCUCUUAUACGACGGGAGAGAUCACCGCAUUCAUGCCAGGAACAGGUGGGUUCAUCAGGCAUGCGACCAGCUUCGUGGAGCCGGCACUUGGCGCAGCGGCAGGCUGGAACUUCUGGUAUACAAUGGCCAUCACGGUCCCUGCAGAGAUCAGCGCGGCAGCUACAGUAAUACAGUUCUGGAACGGCUCGGUGAACCCAGGUGCUUGGAUCACCAUCUUCCUGGUUGCUAUUGUCACUCUGAAUCUUUGCGGUGUGCGUUUAUAUGGCGAGUCCGAAGUCAUCUUCGCAUCUCUGAAGAUCAUGCUCAUUCUGGGCCUCAUCAUCGGUGGCCUUGUCAUCGAUCUCGGAGGAGGGCCCAGUCAUGAGCGUUUGGGUUUUCGCUAUUGGAAGCAUCCGGGAGCGUUCAGCGAGUAUAUAGAAACCGGAGCGGCAGGACGCUUUCUUGCGUUCUGGAAAGUAAUGCUCACGGCAGCAUUCAGUUAUGGCAACAUUCAGGUUGUCGCCAUCUCCGGUUCCGAAACCCGCUCACCCAGGAAAAUCAUCCCGGCGGCUACGAAAAAGACGUUCUACCGCGUAAUGCUAUUCUAUGUCCUCAGCAUCUUCAUCGUUGGUCUCAUUGUUCCAUAUGAUGAUCCGUCACUCUCCCUCUCCACUGGCACUGCUCAGCAAUCUCCUUUUGUGAUUGCGUUCCAACGAUCCGGCGUGGAAGUCCUUCCAUCCAUCAUCAACGCCAUCGUAUGCACCUCUGCCAUCAGCAGUGGCUCAGCUUGCAUCUUCAUCGCCUCCCGCACUCUGUACGGCCUAAGCUGUGAUGGACACGCCCCUCGAAUCUUCCAGCGCUGCAACCGAUUUGGAACGCCUUAUUAUGCCAUUGGUUUGACUUGCGUCCUGUUGCCCCUUGUUUACUUGAAUGUCGCCAACAACACGUCUGUGGUCUUUGGGUGGUUUGUCAAUAUUACGACAGUCUCGGGCUUAAUCGGCUGGGUAGUCAUUGAAGCUACAUAUCUACGCUUCUACACCGGCCUCAAGAAACAAGGCAUUUCGAGAGACUUGCUUCCGUACAAAAGCCCACUGCAGCCUUAUGGUUCGUGGGCGACUUUGUUUGUGGUGAGCCUGGUGAUCAUCUUCUCAGGGAUCGAUGUGUUCAUCAAAGGACACUUUACCGCAGCAGGGUUUUUGACUUGCUACCUGAACAUUGGGAUAUUCAUCGCACUGUACGCCUUCUUCAAGGUCUUCUUCAAGUCGAAAAUCAUCCCCACAUCUGAGAUCGACUUUGAGACCGAGUUCUCAGCAAUACGUCGAGAAAAGGAUGCCGAGGAGAUCGCACGUUAG